AUGCAAAAGCUAGCACUAGUUGCUCUACUAGCAUCAUCAGCCCUCACUGCUAAGAUCCCACUCAUCAAGAAAGACAUGACAAAGGAAUAGUACUUUGCUCUGAAAGAAAGAAUUGAGAACAGAAGCUAUGAAAACAAAUUCCUAGACAAUGGUCUUGAAUCACACAUUCCAGUUAAGGACUUUAUGAAUACUCAAUACUUUGUUGAAGCUCAAAUCGGAACCCCAGCAUAAACCUUUACUGUUGUUCCAGAUACUGGUUCAUCUAACCUUUGGGUAUACUCAAGCAAGUGUUCAGCUCUUGUUUGUUGGUAUCACUCUAAGUAUGAUUCAUCUAAGUCAUCUACAUACAAGACAAAUGGUGAGAAAUUUGAUAUCACCUACGGAUCUGGAUCAAUCAAUGGAUUCGUUUCCGAAGAUGUUACUUCUUUCGGAGGUGCUCAAGCAAGCAUGCAAUUUGGAGAGAUUGAAGCUGUCUCUGGACCUUCAUUCUACGCUUCUCAAAUGAGUGGAAUCCUUGGUUUAGCCUAUGGAUCUAUCUCAGUUGAUAAGCUACCAACUUUCAUUGACUCAAGCAACCUAAGUGACAAGAGUUUCUCAUUCUAUCUUCAUGAAAACCCAGAUGCCAGCUAUAUGACUAUCCCAGGUUUCGAUAGUGAGGCUCUCAAUGGACAAGAACUCCAGUUCCAUAAUGUUGUAGAAGAGAGAUACUACUCAUUAAACCUUACUGGAAUGAAAUAAGGAGACUAAAAGGUAGAUGCUACUGGAUACAAAGCAGUAAUUGAUUCAGGUACUUCAGUUCUAGUUGGUCCUCAGCCACUUGUCAAGCAACUUAUUGAAGGUAUCGUUGUUAGUCCAGAUUGCUCAAACGUCAGUUAACUCCCAGACAUUACCUUCACCAUUGAUGAGACUGAUUAUACUCUUACACCUGAUGACUAUAUUCUUAAGUUAACUGAGGCUGGCCAAACAGAAUGUGUUAUUGGAGUCAUGGGUCAACUCUUCCCAGAGAGCUUCAAAUACUUUAUUCUUGGAGACACUUUCAUGAGAAAGUUCUACUCAUUCUUCGAUAAGAACAACAAUAGAGUUGGUUUCAUUCCAAGAUCCCAACUUAAGCAUUGA